AACAUUUUUUUUUAAAUUAUUUUUUUGCUUUAUUGUAGGAGAUCCAGGAGGUUUAUAGUCAAGGUCAUUGGAGUGUUAUUACCCUGUGUUAUCCACACUCGGCCAGUCGUCUCUUUUAAAGCGUAGCCUACCACACUGUUAGAAGGUGUUAUUUUUUGGGGGGGGGGGCAGAUUACGUCAAGUGAGUGUAGAGUGAUUCUUUUCUUCUUCUUCUUCUUCUCCUCCUGACAUUGAAAACAACAACAACAGCGGUAGCAUGGAUGGGAAAUUGAAGUCGAGUCGGAGAUCCCGCUCCAAACGGGAGAGAAUACGGAGACGGGAGGCUGGCGCUAAAGAUGCCCGCAGUCCAAACCCCAAUUCGUCUUGUUCCGAUAGGGAGCAAAGUCCUGGGAGGGAUGCCGCCUCCCUGCACGGUAAAAAGGCUCCACACUCCACAGCCGCUGCCAGAUCCUCCCGUCCCCCUCGUCGGAAGAGACGAGAAUCCAGCUCCCAGGAAGAGGAUAUCAUUGAUGGAUUUGCUAUUACCAGCUUCAUAAGCCUGGACUGUCUGGAGAAGACAGGGGUGGUGAAGACACAGGAGAAGAAGGAGCGCUGGAAGGAGAAGAAGGCAGCGAAGCGACAGAGGGAGGAGGAGGAGGAGAACGUCUUGCCCAUCAUGGACCCCCUGGAGAACGGCUUCCUCAACCACGCCCAGCGAGAGCAGGAGAGGAUGAAUGAGCGGCUGCUGAAGAGGACGUAUUCCAAGAAGAACAAAACGAUCAAACCUCUGGUCAUGCGUGCAGUCAAAGUGAGCGAGGACCAGGCUAUGCAGGAGCUCAGUAUACCCCACAGGAGCAACUCCAAGGAGCACCUUAGUGAGAGCUCCACUCACUCGCUGUCAGGGCACGGCUACUCGGGAGGGAACAUGUUCGACUGUUAUUCAAGGCUUUAUUAUAGCCUUGGCUGUGUUUUGGAGACAAUAUCUGUGCCUUGUUUCCUGGGCUGCUACCUGCUUGUUGUUGCAGAGGAGAUGGGCCCAAGCUCUGGUGAUUUAUCAUCCUCUCAGGGGCUCCUUGAUAAAGAACCCAGCGCUCCCCUCUGCGCCUGGGUAGACGCGCUCUGA